UGUUUACAGGAGCUUACAACUGCCUACAGACCCUCACAAUGCUUUUCAAGGUUGCUGCAAUGAUGAUGAUGGUGAACGCGGCCCUACCUUUCCCUUCCGACAUGUACGCCCCAGCACCACAACCUCAACACAUGGACGGAAUGCCAUAUAAUUUCGCAUACGCUGUAAAGGACCAAUACAGUGGCAAUGACUUCAGCCAUAACGAAGACUCCGAUGGCAAGAAUGUCAUGGGAACUUACUCGGUGCAGCUCCCCGAUGGCCGAAAGCAAACGGUCAACUACAAGGCAGACCAUUCCCAAGGCUACCUGGCUGAGGUUAAUUAUCUCGGAGAGGCUCAGUACCCUCACGUGUAUGGUCCUGCCGUCACCUUCAAGCCCCAGCCUUCUUACAAUCCUCAGCCUCAGCCUGAACCUGCACCUUCGUACGAACCUCAGCCUGUAGAACCACCACAACCGUCAUACCAGCCUCAGCCUGUACACGAACCCGAGCCUGUAAUCAUGGCUAUGCACAUGCCCGCACAGAUGUCUCAAUCUAUGUACCAGUAAUCGUUAUUUUGUACUGUUGUUAAACUUGUUAUUAGUUAGUGAUUGUUUUCUCCAAUAAAAUUCAAAGAAAAGCAA